CUCUGUCCUGCAGCAUAAUAAAAUGGCUAAUCAGGUGAAUGGUAAUGCGGUACAGUUAAAAGAAGAGGAAGAACCAAUGGAUACUUCCAGUGUAACUCACACAGAACACUACAAGACACUGAUAGAGGCAGGCCUCCCACAGAAGGUGGCAGAGAGACUUGAUGAAAUAUUUCAGACAGGAUUGGUAGCUUAUGUGGAUCUUGAUGAAAGAGCUAUUGAUGCUCUCAGGGAAUUUAAUGAAGAAGGAGCUCUCUCUGUACUACAGCAGUUCAAGGAAAGUGACUUAUCACAUGUCCAGAACAAAAGUGCAUUUUUAUGUGGAGUUAUGAAGACCUACAGGCAAAGGGAGAAACAGGGGAGCAAGGUGCAAGAGUCCACAAAGGGACCUGAUGAAGCGAAGAUCAAGGCCUUGCUUGAAAGGACUGGUUAUACUCUGGAUGUAACCACAGGACAGAGGAAGUAUGGAGGUCCUCCACCAGACAGCGUGUACUCCGGCGUGCAACCUGGAAUUGGAACAGAGGUCUUUGUAGGUAAGAUACCAAGAGAUUUAUAUGAAGAUGAGUUGGUGCCCCUUUUUGAGAAGGCCGGUCCCAUUUGGGAUCUACGUCUUAUGAUGGAUCCACUGUCUGGUCAGAACAGAGGGUAUGCAUUUAUCACCUUCUGUGGAAAGGAAGCUGCACAGGAAGCUGUUAAACUGUGUGACAGCUAUGAAAUUCGUCCUGGUAAACACCUUGGAGUGUGCAUUUCUGUGGCAAACAACAGACUUUUUGUUGGAUCAAUUCCGAAGAAUAAGACUAAAGAAAACAUUCUGGAAGAAUUCAGUAAAGUCACAGAGGGUUUGGUGGACGUUAUUCUGUAUCAUCAACCCGAUGACAAAAAGAAGAAUCGGGGGUUCUGCUUCCUUGAAUAUGAGGAUCACAAGUCAGCAGCACAAGCCAGACGCCGGCUGAUGAGUGGAAAAGUAAAAGUAUGGGGAAAUGUAGUUACAGUUGAAUGGGCUGACCCUGUGGAAGAACCAGAUCCAGAAGUCAUGGCUAAGGUAAAAGUUUUAUUUGUGAGAAAUUUGGCUACUACAGUGACAGAAGAAAUACUGGAGAAGUCAUUUUCUGAAUUUGGAAAGCUUGAAAGAGUGAAGAAGUUGAAAGAUUAUGCAUUUGUUCAUUUUGAAGACAGAGGAGCAGCUGUUAAGGCCAUGGAUGAAAUGAAUGGCAAAGAAAUAGAAGGAGAAGAAAUUGAAAUAGUCUUAGCCAAGCCACCAGACAAGAAAAGGAAAGAGCGCCAAGCUGCUAGACAAGCCUCCAGAAGUACUGCGUAUGAAGAUUAUUACUAUCACCCUCCUCCUCGCAUGCCACCUCCAAUUAGAGGUCGAGGUCGUGGUGGGGGGAGAGGUGGAUAUGGCUACCCUCCAGAUUACUAUGGCUAUGAAGAUUACUAUGAUGAUUACUAUGGUUAUGAUUAUCAUGACUAUCGUGGAGGCUAUGAAGAUCCCUACUACGGCUAUGAUGAUGGCUAUGCAGUAAGAGGAAGAGGAGGAGGAAGGGGAGGGCGAGGUGCUCCAACACCACCAAGGGGGCGGGGAGCACCACCUCCAAGAGGUAGAGCUGGCUAUUCUCAGAGGGGGGCACCUUUGGGACCACCAAGAGGCUCUAGGGGUGGCAGAGGGGGUCCUGCACAACAGCAGAGAGGCCGUGGUUCCCGUGGAGCUCGGGGCAAUCGUGGGGGCAAUGUAGGAGGCAAGAGAAAGGCAGAUGGGUACAACCAACCUGAUUCCAAGCGCCGUCAGACCAACAACCAACAGAACUGGGGUUCCCAACCCAUCGCUCAGCAGCCGCUUCAGCAAGGUGGUGACUAUUCUGGUAACUAUGGUUACAAUAAUGACAACCAGGAAUUUUAUCAGGAUACCUAUGGGCAACAGUGGAAAUAGACAAGUGAGGGCUUGAAAGUGAUAUUGGCAAGAUACGAUUGGCUCUAGAUCUACAUUCUUCAAAAAAAAAAAA